GAGGAGAGAAAGAGAGAAGGAGAUAGGAGCCAAGAAAACAGCAGCAACACAAACCAGGACCACAUACAGGUGCCAACAGAGGGGACUGGGAGAAGCCAAGACCCUGGGCUUGGUGUGAUAGCCCCAGAGAGAGAGAGAGAGAGGGAGAGAAAGAGAGAAAAAAAAGAAAGAAAGCCCCUCAAGAGGAACCCAGGGAGCAGGAGGCUUGGAUAUGACCAUGAUGUUGGAUACAAAUUGGAUGGAGGACAUCUGAGAGGCCAGUCUGUCUGUCGGUGUGGUGUCUGCAGCCAGAGAGACAGACAGAGAGACACAGACAGAGAGAGACACAGACACAGACAGAGAGAGGGAGAGAGAGAGAGAGAGAGACAGAAGGAUGGAGAUCUGGGGCCAAGUGUCGCCUGUGCCUCUGCCUCUGCUCUGAAGCCAAUUUUCCACUGCAAAAAAAAAUAUUAUAAUCAUAAUAGAAUAAUAAUAUUCAUAAUAAUAAGCACCGAAAGGGGCCGGAAUGUAUGAGCUGAAGGAACACGGUGAAGGGGCAAAUUAUGCCAGCGACAGACUGCCAAUACCCAGCGUCGGACCUGAUCUGGACCCGCACAGCGAACAGCCGAAGCAAACGGCGCUGUCCUGGCAGAGUGCGAUCGACGCAGCCCGACAGGCCAAAGCCGCGGCGGCAGUGAUGAACUCCUCCGAGCCGGCGCUCAACAGCACGGCAGCAACCCAAAGAAAACGCCAGCAAUACGCCAAAAGCAAGAAGCAGGGCAGCACUGUCAACAACCGUCCGCCCCGCGCCCUCUUCUGCUUGUCUCUUAACAACCCCAUCAGAAGAGCCUGCAUAAGCAUAGUAGAAUGGAAGCCAUUUGAUAUCUUUAUAUUGAUUUCUAUUUUUGCCAACUGUGUGGCCUUAGCUGUUUACAUCCCCUUCCCAGAAGAUGACUCCAAUUCAACUAAUCAUGACCUGGAAAAAGUAGAAUAUGCCUUCCUUAUAAUUUUUACAAUUGAGACAUUUUUGAAGAUUAUCGCGUACGGAUUGAUGUUACACCCCAAUGCAUAUGUAAGGAACGGAUGGAAUUUGAUGGAUUUUGUCAUUGUAGUGGUAGGCUUGUUUAGUGUUGUCUUGGAACAAGUAACCAAAGUGUCAGACGGAGAAGGACACGCGGCUGGUAAAUCAGGCGGCUUCGACGUCAAGGCCCUCCGCGCUUUCCGUGUCCUGCGACCUCUCCGGCUGGUGUCCGGCGUGCCCAGUUUACAAGUCGUCUUGAACUCCAUCAUCAAAGCCAUGGUUCCUCUUCUCCAUAUUGCCCUAUUGGUACUGUUUGUUAUUGUCAUCUAUGCCAUCAUAGGACUGGAGCUGUUUAUAGGAAAAAUGCACAAAACCUGUUUCAUCGGCAACACAGGUAUUUUAGCAGAAGAGGAUCCAGCGCCAUGCGCUUUCUCAGGGAAUGGUCGUCCAUGUUCCAUCAACGGCACAGAUUGCAGGGGGAACUGGCCAGGGCCGAACGGAGGCAUCACCAACUUUGACAACUUUGCCUUUGCAAUGUUAACCGUCUUUCAGUGCAUCACCAUGGAAGGGUGGACGGACGUCCUGUACUGGAUGCAGGAUGCCAUGGGAUAUGAAUUGCCGUGGGUCUAUUUUGUCAGUCUCGUCAUCUUUGGAUCUUUUUUCGUUCUUAAUCUUGUGCUCGGUGUUCUGAGCGGUGAAUUUUCUAAAGAGAGAGAGAAAGCCAAAGCCAGGGGAGACUUUCAGAAGCUACGGGAGAAACAGCAGCUUGAGGAGGACCUGAAGGGAUACCUGGACUGGAUCACACAGGCCGAGGACAUUGACCCUGAGAACGAAGAAGAUGGAGGCAACGAGGAGAAGAGAAAUCCGAGCAUGCCGACAAGCGAAACCGAAUCCGUUAACACAGAAAACGUGGCGGGGGGAGAGGCUGAGAACGCGAUCUGCUGCGGGAAGCUGUGUCACCGUAUUUCCAAGUCAAAGUUCAGUCGUCGCUGGCGUCGAUGGAACAGGUGCUGUCGGAGGCGAUGCCGAGCUGCCGUGAAGUCUGUGAGUUUCUACUGGCUCGUCAUCAUCCUGGUCUUUCUGAACACACUGACAAUUUCGUCCGAACACUACAACCAGCCCAUGUGGCUGACAUAUAUUCAAGAUACCGCGAACAAAGUCCUCCUGGCCCUUUUCACGUGCGAGAUGCUGGUGAAAAUGUACAGCCUGGGUCUGCAGGCCUACUUCGUCUCCCUCUUCAACCGCUUCGACUGCUUCGUGGUGUGCGGAGGGAUCAUCGAGACUAUCCUGGUGGAGUUUGAGAUCAUGUCUCCUCUGGGAAUCUCUGUCUUCAGAUGCGUCCGGCUUCUACGAAUAUUCAAAGUGACCAGACACUGGACGUCCCUGAGCAACCUGGUGGCCUCGCUGUUGAACUCCAUGAGGUCCAUUGCCUCCCUGCUCCUCCUGCUCUUCCUCUUCAUCAUCAUCUUCUCGCUGCUGGGAAUGCAGCUCUUCGGCGGCAAGUUUAACUUUGACGAAACACAGACCAAGCGAAGCACCUUCGACAACUUCCCACAGUCGCUCCUCACCGUGUUCCAGAUCCUAACCGGUGAAGACUGGAACGAGGUGAUGUACGAUGGCAUCAUGGCUUAUGGCGGCCCGGCCUCCUCAGGGAUGAUCGUUUGCAUCUAUUUCAUCAUCCUCUUCAUCUGCGGUAACUACAUCCUGCUCAACGUCUUCUUGGCCAUCGCCGUGGACAACCUGGCUGACGCGGAGAGUCUGAACACGGCUCAGAAAGAAGAGGAGGAAGAGAAGGAGAGGAAAAAGAGCGCGAGAAGCGGGACCCCCGAGAAAAAAGAUGGGAAAUACGAAGCUGACGGAAUAGGAGAGAACGACGACAGGAAAAAUCUCACCGACGCAAAGGUGUUGAUUGACGACGCAGACGACGACAAGGAUCCUUACCCGGCCAGCGAUAUCCCAGAAGACGAGGAGGAGGAGGAGGAGCCCGAGGUGCCGGCUGGGCCCCGCCCGCAGAGACUGGCUGACCUGAACCUGAAGGAGAAGAUCAUCCCCAUUCCUGAGGGCAGCGCCUUCUUUAUCUUCAGCAGCACCAACCCGAUCCGAGUCGGGUGCCAUCGACUCAUCAACCACCACAUCUUCACCAACCUGAUCCUCGCCUUCAUCAUGCUCAGCAGCGUCUCGUUGGCGGCAGAGGAUCCCAUCCGCAACUUUUCAUUCCGCAAUCACGUUCUAGGUUACUUUGACUAUGCUUUUACUGCCAUCUUUACUGUUGAAAUCCUUUUGAAGAUGACCUCCUAUGGAGCUUUUCUGCACAAAGGUUCCUUCUGUAGAAACUACUUCAACUUGCUGGACCUGUUGGUGGUCGGAGUGUCUCUCGUCUCAUUCGGAAUUCAGUCGAGCGCGAUAUCUGUGGUGAAGAUACUUCGAGUCCUCAGGGUGCUAAGGCCACUGCGAGCUAUCAACCGGGCAAAAGGACUCAAGCAUGUUGUUCAAUGUGUGUUUGUUGCUAUUAGAACCAUUGGUAACAUCAUGAUUGUUACAACUCUCCUGCAAUUCAUGUUUGCUUGUAUUGGGGUUCAGCUCUUUAAGGGUAAAUUCUUCCGGUGCACGGACGAAGCCAAGCAAACGCCCGAAGAUUGCAAGGGAACGUACAUUGUUUAUAAAGACGGUGACGUCGAGCACCCCACGAUCCGGGAGCGCGUCUGGCACAACAGCGACUUCAACUUCGACAACGUCCUGAACGCCAUGAUGGCGCUGUUCACCGUCUCCACGUUUGAAGGCUGGCCAGCGCUGUUGUACAAAGCCAUCGACUCGAACGGAGAGAACAUCGGGCCCGUCUACAACAACCGGGUUGAGAUCUCCAUCUUCUUCAUCAUCUACAUCAUCAUCAUCGCGUUCUUCAUGAUGAACAUCUUUGUGGGUUUUGUCAUCGUCACCUUCCAGGAGCAGGGGGAGCAGGAGUAUAAGAACUGCGAACUGGACAAGAACCAGCGUCAGUGCGUCGAGUAUGCCCUGAAGGCCCGUCCCUUUCGCAGGUACAUCCCCAAGAACCCUUACCAGUACAAGUUUUGGUACGUGGUGAGCUCAACCGGGUUUGAAUACAUCAUGUUCAUCCUCAUCAUGCUCAACACUCUGUGCUUGGCCAUACAGCAUUACGAACAAUCAAAGCUUUUCAACUAUGUGAUGGAUAUCCUCAACAUGGUCUUUACCGGCGUGUUCACCGUCGAAAUGGUUUUGAAACUCAUAGCUUUCAAACCCAGGGGGUAUUUUAGUGACCCGUGGAACGUGUUUGACUUCCUCAUCGUUAUUGGCAGCAUAAUUGACGUCGUUCUCAGUGAAAUCGAUAGCUCGGAGGACAGCUCCCGGAUAUCCAUCACUUUCUUCCGCCUUUUCCGGGUGAUGAGGCUGGUCAAGCUCCUGAGCCGCGGGGAAGGGAUACGCACCUUGUUGUGGACCUUUAUCAAAUCCUUCCAGGCUCUUCCAUAUGUGGCUCUGCUAAUAGCCAUGCUCUUUUUCAUCUACGCUGUGAUCGGCAUGCAGGUUUUCGGCAAAGUGGCAAUGCAAGACCACACUCAAGUAAACAGGAAUAACAACUUUCAGACCUUCCCUCAGGCUGUACUGCUUCUCUUCAGGUGCGCAACCGGAGAAGCUUGGCAAGACAUCAUGCUGGCCUGCCUGCCCGGCAAGCGUUGCGAUCCGGAAUCGGAUUACGGCCCAGGGGAGGAAUUCACCUGCGGCAGUAACUUCGCCAUCAUCUACUUCAUCACCUUUUACAUGCUGUGCGCCUUCCUGAUCAUCAACUUAUUCGUGGCCGUCAUUAUGGACAACUUUGAUUACUUGACCCGCGACUGGUCCAUCCUGGGCCCCCAUCACCUUGACGAAUUCAAGAGGAUUUGGUCUGAGUACGAUCCGGAGGCAAAGGGACGAAUAAAGCACCUGGAUGUGGUCACCUUGCUCCGACGCAUUCAGCCUCCCCUCGGGUUCGGCAAGCUCUGUCCUCAUCGAGUCGCCUGCAAGAGAUUGGUCGCCAUGAAUAUGCCUCUGAACAGCGAUGGUACGGUCAUGUUCAAUGCAACCCUGUUUGCCUUGGUCAGAACGGCACUGAAAAUCAAGACCGAUGGGAAUCUGGAUCAGGCGAAUGAGGAAUUGCGAGCGGUUAUCAAAAAGAUUUGGAAACGAACGAGUAUGAAACUGCUGGACCAGGUGGUCCCUCCAGCUGGCGAUGAUGAGGUUACAGUGGGAAAGUUCUAUGCCACAUUCCUGAUACAGGACUACUUUAGGAAAUUCAAGAGACGCAAGGAACAAGGUUUAAUAGGAAAACCGCCCUCCAAGAACACCACAGUGGCUUUACAGGCCGGACUGAGAACUCUGCACGACAUCGGACCGGAAAUCCGCAGAGCCAUUUCGUGCGAUCUACAAGACGAGGACACCAUGGAGAGAACGCAGGAAGAAGAGGAGGACAUAUACAGGAGAAGCGGUGGUCUUUUUGGCAACCACGUAACCCAGGCACCAGAGGAGAGACGGAACUCCAGCCAGCAGACCUUGGCCACGCAGAGGCCCCUGAAGGUGAAAAGGUCCUUAACCCCCCCCACAGCCGACGACUCCGACACCUCCCCCCUGUCCUCCAAACACGGCAACUCCGUGUCCCACAACCAGCUUAACCAUCACCUCUUGAGCAAGGCUUCUCCCAAUUCCACCAACGCCAACCUCAACAAUGCCAACGUCUCCAAGGUAGCUAACGGGAAGCGGCUUGGCUCUGGGAACAGCGACCCCCCAAUGGCAAACAGUCACCACGGCUCCGGCACCUCGCUCCGCAAGGACACCCCCAAAAAGCCCAGGAAACCGAGCGUCAAAAGGACCCGCUACUAUGAGACUUACAUCAGGUCAGAGGCCGGCGACGGCUGCUUGCCCACCAUUUACCGAGACGUCCCAGAGCCAGACGACUAUUACGAGGAUGAGCGCUAUUCGGGGGAUCAGGAAUAUUACAGCGGGGAGGAAUAUUACGAAGAGGACAUUAUGCUUCCGCCAGAAAAGCAGUCGAAUAGCAGCCAUCAAACUCAGGGGCAAAGCAACGAACUGGAUUUCGAACGGCCGAAGGGUUACCAUCACCCCUACGAAGACUAUGGCGAUGACGAGCCCCAGGUUUAUACUGAAGUGCGUCGCUCGCCCAGGAGACGACUCCUCCCACCAACACCGCUCCCAAAUCGGAGACCCUCCUUCAAUUUUGAAUGUCUACGCAGGCAAAGCAGUCAGGACGAUGUCUUGUUGUCUGCCGCGUUCCAGCAACGCACCGCUUUACCUCUCCAUCUAAUGCAGCACCAGGUGAUGGCAGUGGCCGGGCUGGACUCCUACCGGGGGAGGAGACACUCGCCCACGAGGUCCACCCGCUCCUGGGCCACCCCCCCGGCCACGCCCCCCAACAGGGAGCGCUCCCCGUACUACACGCCUCUGAUCCGGGUGGAGCGGGCUGAAUCCCGGGAGCACAUGAACGGUAGCCUCCCACUGAUGACCAGGAGCUCCUGGUACACCGACGACCUGGACCUCCCCUACAGGAUCUACACACCCGCCAACCUGACCGUCCCCAACAACUUCCUCAAGCACUACCACGAGAAGAGAGGCAGCGCCGACAGUCUGGUGGAGGCGGUGCUGAUAUCAGAGGGGCUCGGACAGUACGCCAAAGACCCCAAGUUCGUCUCCGUCACCAAACACGAGCUGGCCGACGCCUGCGACAUGACCAUCGACGAGAUGGAGAGCGCAGCCAGCAGCCUGCUGAACGGCACCGGGCGAGAGGACCCGCCCGCCCCGGGGGCCAAGAAGAGGCCCGACAGCGACCCUCAGGACCCGGGACCCGGCUACAGCGACGAGGAGCCCGACCCCAGAUACGAGGAGGACUUGGCCGACGAGAUGAUCUGCAUCACCGCUUUAUAGCGCCCGUCGCGUGGCUCGUGGCUGCGCUUGUACGGAGAGGAAGAGAGAGAGAGAGAGGGGUGGUGGGGAAGGGUUGGUGGGGUGGGGGUCGAAAAAGAAAUCUAUAGUGUAUAAAUGGAAGGG